UUUUUGUUUUGUUCACACAAAUUUUCCCCUCCGAGGAAAAAAGAAAAAAAGAGAGAAAGAAAGAAAGCAAAAUUCGAACACAUACAUUCUCAAUUGUGUUUCACAUUGGUCGGAAAUCGAAUGGAUCAGAGAAAAGGUGAUCCAAGAAUAUACAUUGUCACUCUUCUGUUUCUUUCAUGUAUCUUAUCAGGAGGAGUCCUUUUGGGACUCUACUUGGUCCUCUCUGAUCCCAACCCUUUGUUUCUACAAGCUGGUAUGAUCUUCGUUGGUGUCCCUUGGCUCUUUUGGUUCUUGGCUUACGUUUACUCUUGCGUCCUCAAGCCUUGCACGCUCUCCGUUAGCAAGAGCGUUGCCAAUUUCGAUCCGGAGAAAGGCGAUCAUGAGAAGAACGUCAAUAACAACAACAAGGUCCCGGAGAACGUCACGGCAGCGUCGGAUUCGGAUCCAGCGCCGAGGAAUUCGCCUAGGGAAGGUGAGAAGCACGUGCAAUUCGGGAAUGUGGUGGUUCUUGGUGAUAAAGAAGGAGGAGGAGGAGGAAAAGAAGAAGAGGGUAGUUCUAAUAAUCUGAUUCAAAAUCGAAUCAAAGAAGAAGAAGAUCAAGAACAUCGUAGAUCGCAUUCAAGAAGCGAUGAUGAUGCUGAGAGUAGCAUUGAUGAGGAUUGCGAUAGGACUCCAUUGAGAUUAUCUGUCGGAAACAACUGAGCAUGAUACUGUAUGAUCAAUGUUUAGCGCGCAGUUCAAGACCUGAUCAUUUUUAUCUGGUUGUGUAAUCAGAUUGAACAGAGAGAGAGAGGCUUUGAAGAAAGCUAACCCUCGUUGACGUGUGAAACAAGGGAUGUUGUUCUUUGAGUAAGAAGAACUAAAUACCAUGUGAAAAGACCCAUAGAAGAAGUUGUUUUGUUGUAGCUUUACUUUUUUUUUUGUUACUCUUAUGGUUUUUGAUGAA